AGGGCACAGGAUUUUAGUUGUAUGUCCCUGUUGGAAUCAGGACUGACAGAGCCCUAGUACUGAUCCCCCUCUGGGUGUGAGGCUGUGGGAGUUGCACAUAGAAAUCCUGUAUAAAGAGGGAGAAGCAGAAGGAAAAUGGUUCCUCUGUACCGGAGCCUCAUGCUCUUUAUUCUGCUGAAAUGUAUUUUCCCAGAAAUGGAUGGGUUCCUCAGUCGGGCCAGUGGUUCCACAAUAGAUUGGGAGAAUCUGUGCCACAGUGAAAUAGAAAUAAGCGCCGGAGUAGGAGAAGACGUCAUUCUACCAGUGAACAGUCUGCAGACCGGAGCUUUUUCUUGGCGAUAUGAUAAUGGGCAUUACUUCUGGAAAAUUGCUGAAACAGAACCAGGUGGGACCAUAUGGGGCAUAGAGGAGCCAUUCACUGGGAGACUGAGCAGCACAGAGAAUGGCUCUUUAAUCAUCACUAAUGUAACCACCGAGGACCCUCGUACCUACUUUGAAUGGCCACAAAAACUAUGGCCUAACUGUAUCCAGGCAUAUAAUCUCCGAAUCUACAAUAAUUUCCCACAAAAGGAUCCUAUUGUCAGGCGCAUAGAUUCCGUUCCUCUCGAGUAUUUUUGUGUACCAGUAAUAGAAAUAAUUGUCGGAGAAGGAGGAGAAGUGAUUCUACCAGUGCUCAAGGGGAAGACAUUCGAUUGGCGAUUUGAUAACGGAUACCAGUAUAGAAUAUUUGCUAAAACAAAACCUGAUGGGACCAUAUGGGACAUAAAGGAGCCAUUCACUGGGAGACUGAGCAGCACAGAGAAUGGCUCUUUAAUCAUCACUAAUGUAACCAUGAAGGACCCUCGUACCUACGUUGAAUGGUCAGAAUGGCCUGACUGUAUGCAGAAGUAUUUUGUACGGGUUUACAAACCAGUAGAAGCUGAAGAUAUCCUGAUCCAUCACAAUGUCACUGGAAUGGGAACGUGUAACAUUACCCUGACCUGUGCCGUGGCCCAACCACACGUGAACGUCUCUUGGGAUGAAACCAAUCAGAUCGGCACAGAGGCGGAAGGAGACACUCUUCACAUCUAUAAUGUGGAUUCUACAGUUACUUACAGUUGUACAGCACAGAAUCCCAUCAGCAGGGCCUCCAGAUCUAUAAAUCCCUGGGAUCUCUGUUAUAAAGGAGCAGAGCCAGAGGGACCGAGACCUGCAACUGUUGCACCUUUCAGUGAUAAUGCGUUGGAAGAGAAUCAGAUCAUGAAAGACCAGGGUGUCCCACAUCCAGAUCUGGGAAAGAUUUAAAAACAUCUUUAGAAGGUAAAACAAAAGGAAAACAGACAGUACAGAAAGGCCCCACAGCCACAAAUACCAGUUUUACACAGUAAUUGUACAAUAAUUGCUAAUUGCAGACAACAGUGAAAUGAUCAGUAGUGCCCCUUACUCAUUCUCUCUCAUUGGUGACUAAUGAGAUUCACUUGUAUAUAUGUAUCUACCCACCCACGGCAUGGAAAUAGAUGGCCAACUCUUGACCAGCUCCUACUAAGGUCUCCUUCCAAGAAGCUCCAAGCUACUUUGCAGUCACCUCAGCCUUUAGUUAUUCUUGUUCAUUCAAACUAGAAGUGGAACGGGAGUCAGAGACCAUAAAUAUGUUGCUUCUCUAGAGUUCUGAGUGAGUUACUGGGGAGUUGGUUCUACUCAGGGCCGAAAGCUUGUACCCCAACUCCAAAAGCAAAACAAGAGGGAUAUAAUUAUAUAACAGAAUGUUGGAAUGUUGUUUGUUAUUUAAUAAAACUGUGUUUAUCCAUAAA